AUGAGUCUCACAGGAGAGAAACCACAUCAGUGCUCUGAGUGUGACAAAAACUUUACACAUAAAUCACAUCUUCUCACACAUCAGAGGAGUCACACAGGAGAGAAACCAUUUACAUGUUCAGAAUGCAGCAAGUGUUUUUCCCGAAAGUCAAAUCUUGUUGUACAUCAGAGGAUUCACACAGGAGAGAAACCAUUUUCAUGUUCUGAAUGCAACAAAUGUUUUACUGAGAAAAGAGACCUUAUAAUCCAUCAGAGGAGUCACACAGGAGAGAAACCAUUUACAUGUUCAGAAUGCAGCAAGUGUUUUUCCCGAAAGUCAAAUCUUGUUGUACAUCAGAGGAUUCACACAGGAGAGAAACUAUUUUCAUGUUCUGAAUGCAACAAAUGUUUUACUGAGAGACCAUCAGAGGAGUCACACAGGAGAGAGACCAUUUACAUGUUCUGA